CUCAUCCCUCCAUCAAUCACCUUUCCAAAUUUGAUUCGAUUCAACCCCCCAAAACAUCCACCUUCUCUCUAUUUAUAGUCCCCCCAAUUGUCACUAAUCUCUGCUGCUAAUCCUCUCACAGUUUCAGACACGUUUUGAGUCCCAACCAACCUAUCUCUCUCUGUCAUGGGUGUCUUUGGAGGAGCAAAGUUCGUGGUCAUUUCUCUACUUGUGAUUGACCAAGUGGUUGCAACGUUGGGACAUGCUAAGGGAAAGAGGGAAGAAACUGUCGACACCGGUUCCUGCGAUGCCUUCACAGGAACGUGGGUCCAUGACGGUUCAUACCCUCUCUAUGACCCAUCCCAGUGUCCCUUCCUAGAGAAGCAGUUCGACUGCCUUGAGAAUGGCAGGCUCGACAAAGGCUACCUCGAGUACAGAUGGAAGCCGGCGGGUGACUGCGACUUGCCGAGGUUCGACGGCCGACACUUUUUGUCGAGAUUGAGAGGGAAGAGGCUGAUGUUUGUGGGGGACUCGUUGAGCUUGAAUCAGUGGCAAUCCCUCGCUUGCAUGGUUCACACCGCGGUGCCCGAGGCCAAGUACACUCUGACAAGAGUUGCUGGGCUUUCGAACUUCUCAUUCCCAGAAUACGGAGUGCAGUUGUUGUUCUUCCGAGACCCGUUCCUGGUGGACAUAGUGAGCACGAGCACCGGGCGAGCUCUCAGGCUCGACUCUCUCCAGAGCGCCGAGAUUUGGGAGGGCGUUGAUGUGUUGAUAUUCAACUCGUGGCACUGGUGGCUUCAUGUUGGCAGGAAACAACCAUGGGAUUAUAUCCAAGAAGGGGAUAAGACGUAUAAAGACAUGAAUCGCUUGGUAGCCUACGAGAAAGCAUUGAACACUUGGGCCAAAUGGGUGGACUCCAGCGUCGACCCAUCGAAAACUACAAUCUUCUAUCAGGGAAUUUCCCCCGACCAUGCGAAUGCAAGCGACUGGGGGGAGCCAAAGGCCAAUGCCUGUCUCAACCAGACGCGUCCACUCGCCGUGUCGAGAUAUCCGGCCGGCCCAAACCCAGCGGAACUGGUGGUGGAGAGAGUGAUAAGGUCGAUGACAUACCCGGUCCAUCUACUUAAUGUCACGUAUCUCUCACAGCUCAGAAUAGAUGGACACCCAUCGAUGUAUGGCUUGGGAAGACGAAGGAUGUUGGAUUGCAGCCACUGGUGUCUUCCUGGAGUUCCUGAUACCUGGAAUGUGUUCCUUUAUCAGUCUCUUGUAGCUCAUAGCUUUUGAAUUAAUUUGUACAUCGCUAGAAUAAAUUCAAAUUCAGAUUUAAUUCA